AUGAUUGGCGAAAACAUUCAACACGCAAAUAACGUCGAGUUUGCCGAAAAAAGAUCUUUUACGGGUGCUGUUGUGAACCUGAAGAAGCUACUGAGGACGGUUACACGCAUUUUCCAUCUCUCAAAGCCCAAAAACAUGGCAACGGAUGAGAUCAGCAUCAAAUCUUCAGCAUUUGCGACAGAAGAGGAACUUCAAAAUUGGCUCAACGAACAGCUUGAACUCAAAAAGAUGUCGCUACGCUAAUGGAAAUCUGCAGAAGUUCCGGACAACCUGUGAUGGGACUUGUGUUGCGGCACGAUUCCAAAUCGGCGAAAGGCUUUAAAUAAGUUCUGUGAUAGCGAGAG